CCUGCGAAUUCUUCAUGACCGUCACCGAAGAUAUACAGAAGAGAUUAUCCAAAGGAAUUUCGAAAGAAGUUGUCAAAAAAAGGUACCUUGCACUGAAGAAUAAUAUGAAGACACCUACUGAAUGUAGGAAGCUCCUGGAUGUAGCUAAACCUUGCUUCUUAGACGCAAUCAAGGCUGCCCAAGAACGAUUCAUAAAAACGCCUUCAAAACUUGAAAUCAUUUAUUACCUUGAGGCCCUGCUUGUCCUCAAACAUCUACAGAGGCCAGGUGUAGUGGCAAAUAUGUCUGUUUCUGAGUGGAAAGAUAGGGUCCACCACACCUAUAAAGGCACAGCAAGGUCUAUCAUUGGUGUUCGAAAUCACAAGACCGCUACACAACAAGUUGCUUCGUUUGUGCUAACUGGGGAGGAAGAAAUGUGGUUUAAAGUUUACUUUGCGAAAGUUAGGCCAACUCUGAUUAAUAGAGAGACACCGAGGGACAUAUUUUUCUUAUCGACCCAAGGAAGGAAGAUUCACAACGUGUCCAAUGAUAUUAAUCGUUACCACAGAAAGUAUCUUGUUCCCGAAAUUUCCAGCCAAGUUGUCAGGAGGGUCUGUGAGAGCUGGACUAUCCCAAAUUAUUCAGACACUGAAAAGUGUCUUUUCGCCAAAUAUUUGUCCCACAGUAAUAUAACAGCAGAGAGGAGCUACAGGGAAAAGACGCUGACAGACCUAUGCCACGCCUGUGAACUGGUCACACAAGCCGGUACUGAGGGCAGUGAUGAGUCCCGACCCAGCACUUCAAAAAAUGGGCAAACAUUGUCAGAAGUAACUGAGGAGGUAGGGCAAGAAGAAAUACAGGGUGCCAAAAACUCUCAGGAGCAAGACAACAGUGGUGAUGAAAGCAGUAGUGGUGACCAAUCGGAUAGCUCCCAAAAUACUACCAGUGACUCCCUAACUGACGCAGAUGACAAUAUCUGGACUACAAGAGCCAAAGUACCAGCGUCAAGAAAUAUUACAACCAGGGCAACGAGGCAGAGGCAGAUGGGAGAAGGGAUCUCCUCCAAAGCCAAAGUACCAGCGUCAAGAAAUCUGAGAACCAGGACAAUGAGGCAGAGGCAGAUGGGAGAAGGGAUCUCCUCCAAGUAAGGGCAAACCACAUUUAUUAACAAAAUCACAGACUGAAUAUGUUUUCAUAUCAUGUUUUAACAUUAAUGUGUUAUAGCUUGUCUUUUUUUUUAAUCCCUAGAAAGUCCUGAAGAACUACUAGCUGUAUAAUAUUUAUUUCUUAAAGGGAACCUGUCACCAGGAUUUUGGCCAUAGAGCUGGGGACAUGGGCUGCUAGACGGCCGCUAGCACAUCGGCCGCUAGCACGUUUUUUUUAACACAAUAAAAGCACAGAGAGCUAUGGGGACUGGGUAUUGCAGAUGUGCUAGCGGCCGUCUAGCAGCCCAUGUUCCCAGCUCUAUGGCCAAAAUCCUGGUGACAGGUUCCCUUUAAAUCGGUACCACUGAACCUAUAUGACGUCACCCAUCUUCUUCAAGCCAGACACCAAGCAGGGUACAUAUCUGCGCAGCUAAUGCAUGAAGUUAAACAGCGAUGAAGAAAUAAAGGCUGAACUGUUUAAAGCCAAAAGUCAACUGGCCAAUGUAGCUAAAGAAGGUCUCACCUUAGAAUACAACCAGUUUUUCAGAGCUGUUUUGCAAAGGCCGGUGAAUUGUCAACGUCAUUAAACCUCUGACAAGCCUUGGGUUCCAGAUAUAUAAUAAGCCUUCUGUGCCAAGGUAUGCACUUUGAAUUCUAUAAUAAUGUUGCUGUCUGUUACUCUUUUGGUGAAGUCCAAAUCUCAGUCAUUUUGUGUACACCUCAUUU